AUGGUACUUAGACUUGGAACGCUCAAUGUUGGAUCACUGACUGGCUGCAGCAUGGAAAUCGCAAAAAUGCUCGAGCGUAAAAGGAUUGAUAUCUGCUGCCUUCAGGAGAACCGAUGGAACGUACAUGGCGGUUUUGGAUAUGGAGAACGAAAUGAAGAUGGCAACCGCAUCUUUGAGUUUGCUGAAAGUCACGGGUUUUGUUUAUUGAACACAUAUUUUAGAAAGAGGUUGGAACUUCUCAUAACAUAUAAAAGUGGACCAUCAGCCACGCAAAUUGAUUUCUACGCUGUCAAGCAACAGCACCGAAGGCUAUUCAAAAAUGUCAAAGUUAUACCUGGCGAAUCAUGCCACCCAUCUUAUCCAUUCAGCACAAUCCUACUAAAUUUCUAUAUAAUUCGGAUGAAACACAACUAA